AUGAUAGACACCAUCAAAGAAAUCCUUCAGCGAGAGGUGGACACAACGUUAGAGGAGGCGACCAAACAACGAGAAGUUCUGCGACGACGUGUAUCCUUAGCUUGCGAUCGUAUUCGACGGCGUCAAGUCCUUGCACGAACGGAGACACUCACACCGUUGUUUCGAACAGACUUUCUCAGACGCGGUAAAAUCAUUCAGAAAAUACGUGGACGUCUUCUACAGACUCUCACACGAUAUGCACAUAUACUUCAAUCGGGUGAUCUGCGAGCUACUUGUGGACUUUUAAAUGUGGAGAUUGUUCUCCGUGCAGUGCGAGAGGCAUUAGUGGAGGAGGAGGAACUCACCCAUUGGCAAUUGCCGCUCCCACGUGAAGAGGAAUGGCGUGCCGUGUGUAUGGCCGUACAGGAAUCCUGCACUAAUAAUAAUAAUAAUAAUAAUAAUAAUAAUAAUAAUAAUAAUAACAGUGGCAGUAGUGGUACUAUUAUUAAUAACAACAACAAUAAUAAUAAUAGUAGUAAGAGUACGACAGUAGCGAUGGUAUCAUCCUCUGAGCAAAAACAACAGGAGAUAUUAGAGGCAGCACUCAGUCGUGUUCUCUCACCAUGCAAUACAAACAACGAUAAUGAAGAGGCCCCAAAAGAUGUGGACUCCUUGAUGCCAUGGUUAUCUAUUCCCUGUUUUUGCCCCUUGGCCUACUAUUGUCAACAUCCACAGGUAUUGAUUGUACCCACGAAAGAGAUUAAUAGAAAAGAUCCCUGCCGACGUGAAGGAGAUGAUGAGACAACGGAAGUGGAAAAGGCAACAGUGGGGGAUGCGGAUAUUGCAUUAGAUAUUCUUCGGGCAGCUGCUGAACAUCUCCGUCAACUUAGCAGUAACACAAGUGGAGAUCCACAUGAUGAUAAUGAUGAUGUGGUGGAAGUAAAUAAUAAUAAUAAUAAUAAUAAUGAGUCUAAUGAUGAAAGAGAAGAGGCGGUGGAAUCUGCAAUGGAAGAGGUGAGACUACGUGUGUGUAUUGAGAUUGCCGCACGGGCAACCGCAUGUAAAUACGCCGUAGAUUCACUUUCAACAGGCGAGGAUGCCAUUUUAUUUGAUGGUGUAGCCACUGUAACAACAACAGCAAUGACAAUGAUGAUAUCAUCAUUGCAAAGAGAAACUUCUCAUACAUUGCCUUUCACUACAUUAGUAUUACCACCAAUGGAGCAACUCUUCUUCUGUAUUGCGUACACUAUUGGUGCAGCCAUACUACGUGAUGAACAGAAUGAACGACGUGCUGGAGGAACUAUUGUUGUUGUUGAUGAUAAUAAUGAAGAGGCAUCUGAUGUUAAUAAUAAUAAUAAUAAUAAUAAUAAUAAUAAUAAUAAUAAUAACAAUAAUGAUAAUGGUAGUUGGCGAAGUGUGUUUGAGCGGUGGAUGUUGCAGGAACGGUCUGCAAAGCAUGGCAGCGUGGCAUUUCUUGGGCCACGGCUAUUGCAGUAUCUAUUUGAAUAUGUAUUCCAUCCUUUUCCACGUACUGUGCAGAUGGGAAGACCCGCAGAGGCGGUGGAAGUACCGCCAGAGACUGCACGGCGAUGGUUACAUUUGGCCUUUGCUGAUGAUAUUGUGGAGAAGGAGAGUGCAGUUGAGUCGAUGAUGACUGAUUAUCUUAAUCGUCAGUAG